AUGAAGUUCACUGCAAUCGUCGCCUCUCUCUGCCUAGUCGCGGCUCCAUUCGUCGCCGCAGAGGAUACCACUACCUCAACUGCAACCACGACCAUCACCAAGACUCUGGUUCGCGUCAAUUCGGUGACCCCAACUCCUAGUUCCAGCGCGAAUUCCAGCGCGAGCAACCUGACUACCAUGACUGCUUCGACCUCGACUCCUCUGUCUCGCGCAGCCUCCACUACUUCUGCUGCUCCAGCUGCCACCUCCACCGGCGCAGCGGCCAACAUUGGCGCUGGCAUGCCAGCUGCCUUGGCCGCCGCCGGCUAUAUCGUUGUGAUGGUGGGCCAAGCCCUGUAA